GGCGUCACAAUACGGGUGGGCUCUUUAACCCGGAAGUUUAAAGUAAUUCUCACGGAAGUUGUACUACCUCAGCUCAAUGUGACUUUAUCGUAACAAUUCUGCAAAAUAAUACGUUAAAAUGUUUCUCACCGCAGUCAACCUCGCCAAGAGCAAAUCAAAGACCGUGUUGGUGCAGAUGAUGAGUGCUGCAGGGACAGGUUACUGCUUCAACACCAAGAGAGGACGACUCCGAGAAAAACUGGUGUUGCGCAAACACGACCCUAUAGUGAACAAGCACGUCCUGUUCAUUGAGAAGAAGAAGAUCCGCUCUCUUUAAACAUGGACCAGACACUUGGAAUUUCACCUGAAGAAUUUCAGGCUUGUGUAUUUGAACAUGCACUGUUUCAAAUCGUAGCUAAGAAGCAGGUAUGAGUAAGAGCACUGAUCUACACUGAACUGAUCCAAAAGAUCACGAUUAUAUGAAGCAUGACUACGUGCAACAGUGGAUCCAGACGUCCUGAGAUCAGUCCACAACAUGAUGGAUUGAGAAAUGCACUGAGAAGCAAUACUGCAGAGGCUGAUCAUUUAGAUACGUUUGUCAGUGUUUAGAUAUCUUUUUCAUACGUAAAAUAAAAUGCAUACGUGAAAUAAAAUAAAUGUAAAAUUAUUCUUAAAAAAAUCUUAAUGGUGAAAUGGCUGAAUUGCAACACAGAGGUGUAAUAAACAUUCAUUUUUUUUUAUUUAAAGACAUUAAAAACAACAAAAUCACACAAUACUGUUAGAAAUCUCAGCUUUUUUUUUUAUUAUUAUUGUUCCUCAUUCUCCAAAAAAGUAACUCAAAAAUUCCAGAAAAUAAAAAUAUAUUUUAUCUCAGUAAAAUGUUCUUACUGUAUUACAAGUAACUCUUAAUAAAUUCAUAUUUUGUAUUCAUGAUCUAAUUUUCUUGAGCAAAAGUCACAUCAGUCUAAAAAUAAUUGAUGACAUAAGCGUUGAGUAUAAUUAUAAAUGUGCACGUGUAAAAGGCGCUAAUACAUCAUUUAGAAAAAAAGCAGAUGAGAUAUAAGUGUCCGUUAUGUGAUGUUCUGUAGAUAUGACACUGUCUGUGUCUUAUUAAUAAAUUAAAAAUCAGUUUGUAAAUUAUUAACUAAGGCUGCACCUAACAAUUAUAUUUGAUUAUUGAUUUUUCUGUUGAUUAUUUUGUGAUUAAUCGAUGAGUUGGAUUUUUAAAAAAACAUAUUAAAUACCAAAAAUCUUUACUUUUUUGGAAGCAUUUCAUUUAACUAAUACUACUAAUACUACAGAACCUGUAACUAAUUCACUAAAAGGUCUCUAACUGUAAUAAAUUAUUGAUAUUUAUCAGAUAAUUUGUCACAACAUGAGAAUAUUAUCAAGCGCUUACACUGACCAAAUGAGACAGCCAAACUAAUGUAACAUAAUGUGAUUCUGAAAGUAUUCUGUUCAAGUGGUUCUCUUUUUUUUUUUGCAGCUAUAUGUCUUACCUGCAUUUCAAGCCCUGACCAGACAAAUUCAGAAUAAAUAUCCCCUGGUUGUUUUGCUAACUGGAACACUCUGAGGCUAAAUAAAUUUUGUUUCCUGUG